AGGAGGAGGCGGAGGAGGCGGAGGAGGCGGAGGGAAGGAAGAUGGCGGCCGUGGAGCUCGAGUGGAUCCCAGAGACUCUGUAUAACACCGCCAUCUCCGCUGUGGUGGACAACUACAUCCGCUCCCGCCGCGACAUCCGCUCCUUGCCCGAGAACAUACAGUUCGACGUGUACUACAAGCUAUACCAGCAGGGACGCUUGUGUCAACUGGGCAGUGAAUUUUGUGAAUUGGAAGUUUUUGGUAAAGUAUUGAGAGCUUUGGAUAAAAGACAUUUGCUUCAUCAUUGUUUCCAGGCUCUGAUGGAUCACGGUGUGAAAGUUGCUUCAGUCUUAGCCUACUCAUUCAGUAGACGGUGCUCGUAUAUAGCGGAGUCGGAUGCUGCGGUAAAGGAGAAAGCCAUUCAGGUCGGCUUUGUCUUAGGUGGCUUUCUCUCAGAUGCAGGCUGGUACAGUGAUGCCGAGAAGGUGUUUCUGUCUUGCCUCCAGUUGUGUACUCUUCAUGAUGAGAUGCCUCAUUGGUUUCGUGCAGUAGAAUGUUGUGUGAGAUUGCUUCACGUGCGAAAUGGAAACUGCAAGUACCAUUUGGGUGAAGAAACGUUUAAGUUAGCUCAGACAUACAUGGAUAAACUCUCAAAACAUGGCCAGCAAGCAAACAAAGCUGCACUCUAUGGAGAACUGUGUGCACUCCUGUUUGCAAAAAGUCACUAUGAUGAGGCAUACAAAUGGUGCAUUGAGGCAAUGAAAGAAAUCACAACAAGCUUACCAGUCAAAGUCGUGGUGGAUGUUUUAAGACAAGCUUCUAAGGCUUGUGUUGUAAAACGUGAAUUUAAGAAAGCAGAGCAGUUAAUUAAACAUGCAGUGUAUUUGGCACGGGAUCAUUUUGGAUCCAAACACCCAAAAUAUUCUGAUACACUGCUAGAUUAUGGGUUCUACUUACUCAAUGUAGAUAAUAUCUGUCAGUCUGUUGCAAUUUAUCAGGCAGCCCUUGACAUUCGGCAGUCAGUGUUCGGUGGCAAAAAUAUUCACGUAGCAACAGCUCAUGAAGACUUGGCGUAUUCGUCUUACGUUCACCAGUACAGCUCUGGGAAAUUUGACAACGCGCUGUUUCAUGCAGAAAGAGCUAUUGGUAUCAUUACCCACAUCCUACCUGAAGAUCAUCUUCUUUUGGCUUCUUCAAAGAGGGUGAAAGCACUUAUUUUAGAGGAGAUUGCUAUUGACUGUCAUAAUAAAGAAACUGAACAGAGGCUGCUUCAAGAAGCUCAUGAUUUGCAUCUGUCUUCACUUCAACUAGCUAAAAAAGCUUUUGGAGAAUUUAAUGUACAGACUGCAAAACACUAUGGAAACCUUGGAAGACUUUAUCAGUCAAUGAGGAAAUUUAAGGAAGCUGAAGAAAUGCACAUCAAAGCAAUUCAGAUUAAAGAACAACUUCUUGGUCAAGAAGAUUAUGAAGUAGCCCUUUCAGUGGGACAUCUGGCUUCUUUAUAUAAUUAUGACAUGAAUCAGUAUGAAAAUGCCGAGAAACUUUAUUUGCGAUCUAUAGCAAUUGGGAAGAAACUUUUCGGUGAAGGCUACAGUGGACUGGAAUAUGAUUACCGAGGUCUCAUUAAACUUUACAACUCCAUUGGAAAUUAUGAGAAAGUGUUUGAGUAUCACAAUGUUCUAUCUAACUGGAACCGGUUACGAGAUCGGCAGUAUUCCGUGACCGAUGCUCUUGAAGACGUCAACACCAGCCCCCAGUCCACUGAAGAAGUGGUGCAGUCCUUCCUGAUUGCUCAGAAUGUCGAGGGACCCAGCUGCUGAGGGAGGACCUCAGUUAACUAACUUACCUUUUCCCAGAUUCCAGGGAAUUCAUACUGUGAAAUCAAAACCAUGUUGUUUUUUGGGGCUGGAAUUUGCAUUGAAACACUGGUCCAGUCCUUUGACCCUAUUUGGGUGAUCCCUUUCUUGCAGAGUGUCCGUAGGAAUAAGCAUAUAUUCAGUUAUAUUCAGCAUGUACCGCAUGUAUAAGUAGUCUGGCCCAUAUUUUCAACCUCGUAGAACAAACAACAGGAAUUUUUUUGUUUUUGUUUUUUAAAAAAAAGUAAUUCAUUUUGCAGAAAGCCUGAAAGAAAAAAAGAACCCCUAAAUAAAACUAUUUAAGAGUUUAAAAGAGUUGCAUUCUUAUUAUGUAAGGAUGAUUUUAACAACUUUUUAACAUAUAAUUCUUCCUUGAGGAGGUAUUCAAUACUGUACUGUAAAGAAAUUUUAUGGGGAAAAUCUUUAUACACAGUAUAGAAAAGUUAACACAAGUGCUAAUAGCAGAGGACAUCCUGACUUAGGUUUGGCUUCCUUACCUAGAAAAGUGGACACAGCCACUCCAGGGCUGUAUGACAAGGGGGAGGACUGUCAGAUCCAUCUGAACUGGACCAGUGUUGACCUGUAAGUAAUAGAAAAGCUGAUAAACCAGCAAUUUUAAUUCUUUGGUUUUUUGGUUUUGUUGUGUUUUUUGGGGGUAUAAAAAGGCAAGAUGCUCUGAUAGCUUUUGCUAACAGGACCAGGAGGAUCUGAAAAGGACCAGCCUAAUGUAGAAAGGGGUUAUUUGGACCAGAGGUUUUAGAUGAUUAUUUUAGCCCCUGCUUUUCCUUUUAUCGUAGAAUGAUUUUCAUUUAGAUGUAUUAUGAAAACUGAUAAUACAAAAUUGUAUUCAUGUAAUAGUCACCAAAUUAGGGAAAUUUGGCAAUUUCAGUGGCAUAUCUUUAGUCAAGGUACCCAGAUGGCAAUGCCCUAAACAAGUCUAUAAAUACCUGCUGCAGCCACCCCUCUCGUUUUAAAUGCUACCCUAAUAACGCAGUUUGUGAGUAUAUUGGCUGAGUCAUGAAAUAGCUCAUGUCCAGAUGGGAAUUUUAGGUUAAUGUUUGGUUUAUGGGGAUUAAUGGAAAAACAAAUGCCGCCAAAUAAGCAAUUCUUAAGAAAUCCUUCAUGUUUAUGAUAAAAACAAUAUUGCAAACAGUAGAUCAUUUUAUAUGAAAUUCAAGAGUCAAAUGUAAAGAUUUCCCCUAAUGAUAUAUCUAUUUCACUAACUCAUCUUUCUGUUUAUUGGGUUUUGAUUUUUCAUUUAAGCCAGUCAAGUUAUUUAAUGUUGAGGUAAUAUUCAAAUUUGAGAAGUUGUAACAUGUAGCAAUUUAAGAAACAAAAAAGGUCUGUUGCCGUUACCUCAGUUCUUAUUAUAGUGGCCUGUUUGGUGCCUCUAUAGUUAAGAAUCAGGGUUUUCCCCCCUAUUUUCAGGGGUUCAUGACUUGGCUGUUAAGAGUUGUUGCUCCUGGCUAAUGCUUGGAGUGGUCUGUGGGUGAGUGGAUGUGUGCUAAAUUUGGGUUUUCUUUUAACAGGUCUGUUGGGAUGGGAGGGGGAAAAAUGUAAACUGUCCACCACUUGGAGUGCAGAAAAAGUAAUUGGAAAUUUCAGAUCAGUUCGAUUUUAAACACUUUUUUGACCUUCCCAAAUAUAACCUUGUUUAAGGCUGUUAUUUGCCAUCUUGUUAGUUAUGAUCCCACUGUUUUUAAGUCCCCAGGAGGGGAUUCCCUAGGGAAGGUAGAAGAAAUGAAACAAGCCCAGAUAUCUUUAAGAUGAUAAGCUGUGUGAUUUCAAAACCUGGGUGUAAUCCUUAUACUGAAUUAUUUUUAAUUGAAAAGAGCACAUUGGCACACCUGCACCCCCCCUCCCAGUUAAUUGCAAUCUAAUGCCAGGAGGCACCUCUUUAUUAAUUACCAAACAGUCUGUGUGACCAAGGACUAACAUUUUUAAGUUACUCAGCUCUAUCCUCAUGGGCCUAUAUAUUUAAUACCUCCAAAGAUUUUUAAGGAUAGGCUUUGUACACUUUUGUUGGUUAUUUAGAGUCCUGUGGUAUGUUUGUGGUAUAGGAAUGUCAUGGUAAAUUGUUUUUCAAUAAAUAUUUUGAAACUUAUGUUUUCAUAUGAAGUUUUUUUUUUUUAAACCUGUAUUUUUGGUUUUGUGCAUAUACAGCAUUUCCUAGGAUAAAAUCCAGCAAAUGACUUAAGGCCUCAUCUUCUCUAAUUCAGUUUGAACUCAGAUAACACUCAGUGAUAAAGCAACAUGAUAUUUAGAAGCCUAGGAUCACAGGGUGAUAAUGUUAAAUGGCAGCCAGUUUUUCUUUUAAAAAAAAAAUCAUUGCUGAUAGUUUGCCCUAUUGCCACUGUUUUAAUGUAGUUUUCUGUAAAUCCAUAUACUUAAUGCAGACACACUAGAUUGAGAAAAGAGAUUGCCAGUUUCUGAUAGCGAUAUAACUUAAUAUGCUAUUAUUUCUGGUUCUAAUGAAGAAUAAUACCCUAAUAAUUUUAAGUGUGGGUUUUAUCCUUUUAGUUGGAAUGUUUAGGAUAAGUUAGGGAGGUGAAUAUCAUCAUGAUUUAUGGGGGUAGGGGGAAAAAGUCUCAGUAAAAUUUACUUCACAAUAACCAAUUGCUUGAACAAAUUUUUCGUAUAUGGCAGGGUUAUGUAUAAGAAAGCAUAGACCAGCUUAAAAGACUUUUCUGGCAGUUCAACAAAGUAAUUUUAAAUAAGAGGCCUUUGGUCUCCUCCUUUCCUGACCUUGUUCUCUCUUGUACUCGGUUUUUUUUUCCUGAAGUUUGGUGCUACUCAAGUUGGGUGCAUCAGGGAGCCGUAACACUCCUGUGCCACACAGGUGGUCAGUCACUCCUUUGUUCCGUUUCAGAGAGCCAGUUGGGGGUUUUUGAGACCAUAAUUUUUAUGGGUCGCCAAAGCUGACUGCUCAAAGCAUUCGGACCCUUACCGUUACCAGAGCUGUCUCUUUCCAGCACGGACAGCUGGUAUUGCUUUGGAAUAGCCCCCGUGCAGGUGUGCCUUGUUUGGUGAAAAUGAAAGAUUGGACAAAGGCCUUUGCAACACUCUUAGCCUGUUAGAGAAAAGGUCAUAAUUUUGAGAAAACUAGAUCAAGCAGCUGCAAUCUUAUAAAUAGCGUGCCAUUUGGCUGCUCCUGACAGCGCAGACAGAAUGCUCAAUGGCAAACACAUGCCUAGAACAUGAGUGGAACUUUGGACCGUACUUUACAGAUGGAAAGAAUGGUUUGCUAAGUAGCAGCAGGGACAGCAGUCUUUCCCCGCUGUCCAAAAGGAGUGUCCCCAUGAAACCUCUUUCAGCCAAAACAGGUGAACAGCAGGGUGGCAAUUAGCCUAGGGCUAAUAGAUGCGCAAAAUAAAUGGAGAUAAAGCACAGAAGCCCGCACAGGUAAAGCUGUGGCGGCUUCAAGCUGCGAUGCCAAGUGUCGUUCCAGGAGAGGAGCGUGGCGGUUCCACUCCUGCUGCUUUUUGGCUCUGCCUCCUAACAGCUGUGUGCAGACAGACGCUGAAUGCCAGUUUUGCUUUUCACCUCUUUUCGUGAAAGUGACGCUCCUUUUUGGAUCUGUUUUCGAUUGGUAAAAACAGGCGCUAUUGCAGGUCUUUGAUAAAAGCAAACUAGCAUAAAGUGAACUUUCAGAAAGAGGAGGAUACCUGUAUUAAACUGUCACUCUACCUUUUUUUUCCCCUGAAUCUGUAGCCUGGCUACUUCCAAACUGUUCUUUUUCUGGAUGGCAAAGUUACUACUGGAAAAAUAUUUAUAAGUAAAAGCGUCUCUUAAGACUUUUAUUUUUGCUCUAAGAAUUAGCAUAUAUAUUUCACCUCUUGGAGGACCUCAGUUCUUGCUAGAAAAUUCCUUUUUUUUUUUUUUAAUCUGACAUUUUAAUUCAUCUCCAGCUUGAACAUUAGUAGUUGUCCACAAAUCUCAGGAAUGUUUUAGGCAGAAAACUGGUUUUACCCUGUUGGUGACCUGAAGGAGUGUGCUUGAGGAUUUGUUAAAAUAAUGCUGUUCUUUAAUUGCAAUCCUAGGCAUCUAUAGCAUGAGUGGCCUUAGUGAGUUUGUUGAAGUGCACAUUUUUUUUAAAGUAAAAUUUAAGAUUAAAAAUAUAUGCUAUAUAUAGAUAUCUAGAAAACUUGGUUUGUGGUGCACAAGUGUUGGAUCACUAAAUAACUUUGCAGGUACCAUUUGUGUAACAUUACUCAUUUCUGUAGAUUACUUUUAUGGGAAGAUCUGUUGCCAUGGUAACUAAAAACUUUUCACUUUAGUUCUACUUUUAUGAUGUGAAUGAAUGCUAUGUUUUAUUAAAUAUUACCAGGUCAGUACUAUUUUUAUACUUUAUUAAGCAACCGGGGAUUUUAGUUUAAUAGACUCAAAAAGCUCUUACUGAAACAAAAGCAAAUCACUAUCAAUUCUUUACAUGAAAAUCCCCACUAAUAGUGCCACAGUAAUUUCUAUAGAAAUAUCUAAGGUCAUUGACAGAUUUUUUUAAAGACAAUUCUUCAUUGUGUCAGAAUGACCUUUCAUAUCACCCUUAUCACAAACUUGUAGUACCCACCAUUAUUUGUAACCAUUAAACCAUACUAAGUAUGUUUGUAACCAGCAUUGUGAUAUAUUCUGUACUUGUAUUGCUAAAAAUGAAUUAUUGACUUAAUAAAUAUAGUGUUCCUGCAUUCAUAG